UCUAUGGUGUCCCAAAUGCCCUCAGUUUGGUUAUUAAGGAGGCUGCGUGCUGGUCAUAAUGUAGUCAACAAAUGUAAUGUCCUUCAUGCAGGGAUAGAGGAGGUGAACAUGAUGCCCUCCCCAAGGAUCCUGAAGAGCCAUCUCCCUGUGCACCUGGUGCCGCCAUCUUUCUGGAGACAUCACUGCAAGGUGAUUUAUGUGGCACGUAACCCCCGAGAUACAGUCACCUCCUACUACUACUUCGACCAGAUGUUGCUGUUCCAUCCUGACCCAAACCCAUGGGAAGGCUACCUGGAGCGAUUUAUGAGGGGCGAUGUCGGCUGGGGCUCCUGGUACGAUCAUGUGAAAGGAUUCUGGGAGAUGAAGGAAAAGCUGAAUGUUUUAUAUAUAUAUUUUGAGGAUCUGAAGAAGACUCCUUUACAAGAGAUCCAGAAGGUGGCAAAUUUCCUAGGGAAAAAUCUUCCAGAUGAAACUCUUGGCAGAAUUGUACGACUCAGCUCCUUCGAAAACAUGAGAGCCAACCCGAUGGCCAACUAUUCUGACUUCCCCAGGGAGAUUCUUGACCAAUCAAAGGCAGGAUUCAUGAGGAAAGGGAAGGUUGGAGACUGGAAGACGCUGUUCACUAUCCGGCAGAACGAACUAUUUGAGGAGGACUACAAGAGACAGAUGGGCGGCUGCUCGCUCACAUUCCAGGACCCAAUGUGAAGUCUGUAGCCCUCGAGGGCCAAAUAAUCUUAUUAACCUCAUUAUUGUCAGAAGAAAUAAAAGUUUUGCCUUUGUAACUUGUCUAGUCCUAACUGUAUGUCCACAAAGGGAAUGUGUCCCCUAGAGGAUUUAUUGCUGACUUUUAACUAACCUGUUUCUACUCUUUCAAUGUAAUGCUUUAAAUUAAAUAUUUUGUACAUUCUCAUGGGGCAGCCAUAUAGCCUGAGCUUUCUGCACAGCAUUUAGAGAGAUGCUUUACAGCAUGCUUUAUGAACAUAGGAAACAACAGACUGAAGCUGACACUAUUGAUUUCUAUGGGAGAGAGUUGUGGACAUGCUUUGUGACCUGUACAUCACCCAUUGUGAAUGUUCUGAUUCCAUUUUAUCUAUAUACAAAUGUCACCUAUUGUGAAUUACCUGAUCCUAACUUCUCCAUAUACUGAUGUCAUCUAUUGUAAAUGACCUAAUCCCAUCUUAUCUAUAUACUGGUGUCACCUAUUGUGAAUAGUCUGAGAUCAUCCUAUCUAUAGUAAGGUGUCACCUAUUUUAAAUGAUCUAAUCCUAUUUUAUCUAUCUACCAUUGUCACCUAUUGUAAAUGACCUAAUCCCAUAUUAUCUAUAUAUCAGUGUCAACUGUUAUGAAUGGUCUGAUCUCAUCCUAACUAUAUACUAGUUCCAUUAUUGUGAAUGGUCUGAUCAAAUCUUCUCUAUAUAGUGGUGUCAUCUAUUAAACAUUACUUGAUCAUAGCCUAGC